AAAAAUAGAGAAGAAACAAAAAACAAAAUGUAUAAUACAGAUAAUGCUAAUCAUAGUGCUGGAAGGUAGAAUGGUAAACAAUCGAGAAAACUCGAUGCUGAAAAAAUCCACAACAGCCCUGAUAAUCGUCGCCGAUUGAUUGAAUUUAAAAUGCACCCCAUGGACUGCUAUGAUGAACAGUAUGGUGUGAACAAUCGGAUUGUAAGGACUAGUGGUACUGUUAUUUAUAACAUAGAGCGCAUAGCGCCGUCAUGAAGCAAAUAGUAGUGAUCGGUGCCGGUGUGAAUGGCCUUUGUGUUGCAGUACAGCUGGCAGAGCAUUAUUUUAACGUGGCGAAUGUAACGUUGAUAUCCGAAAAUGUUAGUCCUUAUACUACUGGUGAUGGAUCUGCAGGACUAUGGGGUCCCUACUACUGUGGGAGAACACCUGAUCACAAAAUAAUCAAAUGGUCCACUGCAACACAUGUAUUUUUCCAUCAGCUGUGGAAAAACGGCCUGGCGGGAAAAAUAGGAGUUUGCUUGCAACCAUGCAUGCGAUUGACGACCGACCCCAAGGGAUAUCCGAAACCAGCGUGGAAAGAUAUUGUUUUUGGUUGUCAGAAAAUUACCGAGUCUGAACUUGAGCGGCUAAGUAAUGAACACGGUCGUCAGUACACGGGAGGUUAUCACUUCGCCACUUUUACUUGCGAACCGACCGGACUGUUACCAUAUUUGUUCAACCGGUUCAUCGCAGUAGGUGGCAAAUUUGUCCCGAUGAAGGUGCGAAGUUUUGAUGAAGUAAUAAGCAAUCGACACGUGGAUCUCAUCAUAAACUGUAGUGGCCUUGGAUCGCUAGAGCUGGCAUGCGAUGCGUCUGUUAUACCUAUUCGGGGCCAAGUAGCAAGGGUGAGUGCGCCCUGGAUUUACGAAGUCAUUUUAGAUGACAGUGACGACGGCAACUACAUAAUUCCUAAUUGUGAGACAGUUGUAUUAGGUGGAACACAUCAAAUGAAUGAUUUCAAUCGCAAUGUAGCUCGAGGAGAUAGUCGGUUUAUUUUUGAUGGAUGUGAACGGAUGUUACCAAGUCUUCGCUACGCUUCGAUUGGAACUGAAUGGGUUGGUUUGCGACCCGGCCGCGACAGCGUACGGUUGGAACUUGAAAACUAUCGAUUUGAGAAUGAAACAAGAUAUGUACCAAUAAUCCAUAAUUAUGGACAUGGAGGCUGCGGUGUAACAUUAUGCUGGGGUUGUGCCAAAGAAGUAGUAGAAAUCAGCGAAACGUUAAAGUGGACUAAAAAUAAUAUUUCAAAACUAUGAUUCGAAAAAAGCCGUAUAUAUUUACUAUGAAUUGGAUUAAACUAUGUAAACACAAUGAAUACAUAAAUGAUUAGUAAUAAACAAAAGUUGUAGUUGGUAACAGUUUCAA